UACUGUGUGGGGGAUCCCCUGAGGGUUGCGCCCAAGGUAGGGCGGUGGUAAAGGCAGCGACGAUUGCCUUUCCCUCCCACCCUCAACGUCCCCGGAGGCAGCUACUGGCCGCCCCUCAAAGGACGUCGAGGGGGGCGCGAUCGUCGCCGCCCCGCCCCGGUCCCGCCCAUCGCCGCCGCCACUUAAACGCCGCCGGGUGCUUCGCCAAGUCAGUGCGGUGCUGGGAGCUGGUGGUGCUGUGUUCUUGCUGUGUAUCUAUCUCCCUCUCGCUUCAAAAUGACCGUGAAAGCAGCUGAGGCGUCUGGUCCUACCUUGACUUACUCGAAGAUGAGGGGGAUGGUGGCCAUCCUCAUCGCUUUCAUGAAGCAGAGAAGAAUGGGACUAAACGAUUUCAUUCAGAAGAUAGCCACCAACUCCUAUGCAUGCAAGCACCCUGAAGUUCAGUCUAUCUUGAAAAUCUCUCAGCCUCAAGAGCCUGAACUUAUGAAUGCUAAUCCUUCUCCUCCGCCCAGUCCUUCACAGCAGAUUAAUCUCGGCCCAUCAUCCAACCCACAUGCCAAACCAUCAGACUUUCAUUUCUUAAAAGUGAUUGGAAAAGGCAGUUUUGGGAAGGUCCUUCUUGCACGGCAUAAGGCAGAAGAGCAGUUCUAUGCUGUUAAAGUCCUGCAGAAAAAAGCAAUCCUGAAGAAGAAAGAGGAGAAGCACAUUAUGUCAGAACGUAAUGUCUUGCUGAAAAAUGUGAAACACCCCUUCCUGGUCGGGCUUCACUUUUCCUUCCAGACUGCAGACAAAUUGUAUUUUGUCCUGGAUUACAUCAAUGGUGGAGAGUUGUUCUACCAUCUCCAGAGGGAGCGUUGCUUCCUGGAGCCGAGAGCCCGAUUUUAUGCUGCUGAAAUUGCCAGUGCACUGGGCUAUCUGCACUCCCUGAACAUUGUUUAUCGAGACUUGAAGCCAGAGAACAUCCUGCUUGAUUCACAGGGCCACAUUGUCUUGACAGACUUUGGACUCUGCAAAGAAAACAUAGAGCACAAUGGCACGACCUCCACCUUCUGCGGCACACCAGAGUAUCUUGCUCCUGAAGUUCUCCAUAAGCAGCCCUAUGACCGGACUGUGGACUGGUGGUGCCUUGGUGCAGUCUUGUACGAGAUGCUUUAUGGCUUGCCACCCUUCUACAGCAGGAACACCGCAGAAAUGUAUGACAAUAUCUUGAACAAACCCUUGCAGCUGAAGCCAAAUAUUACCAACUCAGCUAGACAUCUCCUGGAAGGCCUCUUGCAGAAGGACAGGACAAAGAGACUCGGUGCCAAGGAGGACUUUAUGGAGAUUAAGAAUCACAUCUUCUUCUCCCCAAUUAACUGGGAUGAUCUCAUUAAUAAGAAGAUUACACCCCCUUUUAACCCAAAUGUGAGCGGCCCCAAUGACCUGCGACACUUUGACCCGGAGUUUACAGAUGAACCAGUCCCUAACUCCAUUGGCCAGUCCCCAGACAGCAUCCUCAUCACUGCCAGCGUCAAAGAAGCCGCUGAGGCGUUUUUGGGCUUCUCGUAUGCCCCACCCGUGGACUCUUUCUUGUGAAUGUUUUUAUUUUAUUCUUUUUUAAAUAAUAAUAACUAUUAUUUUUAUUUUUUGUUUGGCCUUCUGGUGGAACUGCCAGUUGACCAGUCACCUUGAAAGAGAAUUUGCACAUUUCCACCAUGGCAGCUUUGCAGCCUUAAUUUCAACUACACUGUUUGCUGGAAGCUUUUUUGAAGAGCACAUCACUCUCUAAAUGAGCUUUACAGGCUUUUCAUUUCCAUUUGUUCUUCCCCCAAAGUGGUGCUGUCUCCUUGGGAAAGAAAAAAUAAAAUGACUGCUGCCAUAGACCGCUGUGGCAGAUCGUAGGAGUAAGAACACCCUGUUUUGUAAUCGUGCUCGAAAAGCCUUGCCUGAAGAUCUAUCUGAACGUGAUAAGGAUUUUAUGAAAUGUGCCUUUUUUCUGAUGAGAUCUUGUGAGCUCCAAAGCUUUCCCUGUUGCAGAGUGUGUUUCUCAGUUCAUUUAUGUGGGUUUACUAUGUGAACAAAUGGUAUGCGUGUGGUCUGCGUACUACAGAUGGACUUAGUUUAAAGCAUCAGUGUGACACUUGCAGGAUACCACAAUGUGGGGCAUUGUUUGUUUCUUCCAUAUUUGGAAGAUAAAUUAAGUGUAAUUUUGAAAUUUCUUUUGUAAAUCUAUACUGUCAACUAAAAUUAUUGAAAUGGGCUCACAAUUACUUGUAUCCAAAUGCUUGAAGAAAGCAUUGCUGCUAUGAAAAAAGAUUUCUAUUUUUAGAAAGGGUUUUUAUGGACCAAAAUGCCCCAGCUGUGCAGUCGGUCAAAGUUCUUGGUUUCUUUUUUUUUUUUUCCUUUCUUUUAGUUUAAAAUAUAUCAUCUGUAAAAUGGGCAUUAUUUAUGGUCUUGGGGUUUGAGGGAUUUUCAUUCCUGAUUGUAUGUAUUGUAAAAAAGAUCUGUACAUUCAGUUGUAACUCUAGAUGUAUAUUUAAACUUACAGACUUACUUGUAAUGUAUACCAUCAUUGUAAUGUAAUAUAAUUAACAUGGUUAUAUGUAUCAUAUUUUUUUGUGACCAGACCCAUAGGUUUGCAGUAAAAUCAUGAAAAAUA